GGGGGGGGGGGGCCGAUUUUUGCGUUGUCGUGUUCGGGUUCGAUUCCGCGGAGGAAUUAGGGUUGGUUUUGGAGAUAGAGAGGGUGGUGGGUGCUGGUUUUGGCUGUUUCUAGGGUUUGGUGAAUUCGUUUGCGUGGAGGAUCACGGGGGAGAUAGGCGUCAGUUAGUGGAUAAUGUGUAUACUGUGUGUGAUUCAGAAGUGGUCGCGCCGGGUUGCGACUAUGCUGCCUUGGUUGGUGAUUCCACUGAUAGGUCUAUGGGCUCUUUCUCAGCUGUUGCCGCCCGCUUUUCGUUUCGAGAUUACGUCGCCGAGGCUGGCUUGCGUUUUCGUGCUGUUGGUCACCCUCUUUUGGUACGAGAUUUUAAUGCCCAAGCUGUCGGCUUGGCGGGCGCGUAGGAAUGCCAAGCUUAGGGAGAGGAAAAAGAACGAAGCCAUUGAGUUGCAGAAGCUUAGGAAGACUGCGACCCGGAGGUGUCGUAACUGUUUGACUCCGUAUAAAGAUCAAAAUCCAGGUGGGGGUAAGUUUAUGUGUUCUUAUUGUGGACAUAUUUCGAAGAGACCGGUUCUGGACUUGCCUGUGCCGCCCGGCAUGGGUAUUUCAAACUCUGGGAUUAUUAAGGAUUUGGUUGGAAAGGGUGGGAAGCUAUUGAAUGGGAGGGUGUGGUCUGACAGUGGAUGGAUGUGUGGUCAGGAUUGGCUAGAAAAUGGGAACUGGGCAGGUGGGUCUUUUGCAACAAAAUCUGGUUCAUGGAGGAGAACUGCAAAUGGGGUUUUUGAGGGAGAUGACCACUGUUUGGCAGAGAAUUCGUAUUCAGGAGUUGUUAUUUUUUCCUGUAAGCUGCUGACAUCUUUUUUCUUGAGCAUUAGGUGGCUUUGGAGAAAGAUUUUUAGAAGUAGUUCAUUGGGGGAAGAUGCAGCUUUGGAUUCUGAGCAUAGGGGUAUGUUGGCUAAGAGGGAUGGUGGGAAUUCAUAUGAGAGCAGAAGUGAGAAGGCACGCAGAAAAGCUGAGGAGAAGAGGCAAGCCAGGUUGGAGAGGGAACUUUUGGAGGAGGAAGAGAGGAAACAGCGUGAGGAGGUCGCAAGGUUGGUUGAGGAGCGAAGGAAACUUAGGGACGAGAAAACUGAGGCUGAAAAGGAUAGUGGAAAAGGAUCAUCACCCAACAAGGAAAGAGAUAGGAGGAGGGAGGCAGAGAAAAAGCGUCAGGAAAGAAAGAAAGAUAGAGACAGGGGCUCAAGUAAGAGCAACUCCGAUGCAGAAGAACUGGAAAGAAGAGUCAGCAAGGAAAGUGAGAGAAAGCAGGACUCCGACAAGAAGAAUUUACCUGAUCGUCAACCUCAAAAAUCUGCAACAGAAAGUGUAAAGGGUCAGGGUACUGAUAUGGGGCGUGGUUUAAAGGGUGUCUCUGCCAAUAGUGCUAAUAGGGGCAGCGCGGGAGCUAGAUACCUGGACCGAAUGAGGGGUACUUUCUUAUCUUCUUCUAAAGCAUUCAGUGGGGGUAGUUUCUUCGGAAGGGCUGCGAAUACUCCUGCUGCAACUUCUAAAGAAAACACACCUAUGGGUGCUGUAAAUCAUGUCCAUACUUCUUAUAAGAGAGAUCAUUGUCCACCUGAGCGAAUAGGUGGCAAAUCAGUUACGAAUUUGGAAGACAAGAGCAGUAACUCUCCUGUACUCUCUGAUACACAAACGGCAUCUGCACCAAAGAAAACAUGGCAACAAUUAUUUACUCGCUCAUCAUCUGUUCAUCCUUCAGCCAAUGCCAAUGUUAUAAGCAAACCGAGUCCCAAGUUCCAGGAAGAAGGUCAAAGCCCAUUGGCACCUGGUCAGCCCUCAACAACUCAGUUAUUUGAUAAUCCCCUCAACUUUGGGUUUCCAUCACCAUUUACUUCACCUGCUUAUCAAAAUGGGACACCCAGCAGUAGUUUAGGGUUUUCGCCUGCAAUUGAACCCAUCUAUUCUCGAGCUGGAGAAGGAUCUCAUGAAUUUAUUACAGAAGAGACAGAGCUUUUUGAAGACCCAUGUUAUGUUCCUGACCCAGCGUCAUUACUGGGGCCUGUUUCUGAAUCACUUGAUAAUUUUCAGUUAGAUCUGGGGUCUGGCUUUUUUACGGACUUGGGAUCAGAAAUGCCUCGUGUUAGAAAGAACGCCGUCACUGCUUCUGAAGUCACCAAGCCAUCACCUAUCGAGUCUCCAAUGUCACGGUUACGAGGUAUUGAUGACAGGCAUAACAAUGCUAAUCGUUUCGCUCGUACUCCGAAGGCCCCAGACACGAGCAAUUUUUAUGUGGGAGAUGCAAGUACCGAUGAUAAGAGAACCUGGCAAAUGUGGGAUACUUCUCCUUUCGCUCAGGAUGGUUUAAGUUUAAUAGGUGCCCCGGCAAGCUGGCUUUUGAACCCUGAGCGGAACAGAUCAACUAAGGAAGAUAAUCUUCGCUCUUUGUCACAGAAUAGUUCAGUCUCACUCUUUUCAAAAGAGGAUCCCGUCCUACCAGGUAUUCACACUCCACAGAAAGAUUUUCUUGGUUGCGGACGAAGUGGUGGAACUUUAAGCCCUUUGACGGGCUUAAAUAAUCAAGAUCCAUGGGUCCAGAGAGCUUUCAUUCCCCCUCGGUCAGAUGGUGAAAAUCAUCUUCCUCUUGCGUCUCAGGGAGAGUCUACUCCAAAUCAAAUGUAUUUUGGAAGCCCUACUAGAUCUGCUUUGACUCAUCCGUUUGAGCAAUCUCCAGCCAAUUGUUGGUCCAAUAAGGAAUGGGCUGCACAAGGAUCAGGAGAAGGCAUCAGGAAUCCGUCAGUCUCUGGGUCCCAUAUCGGUGGGCUUUUCCCCUCAAACAUGUAUAGUCACCCUGGUGACUUGAUUGAAAAGACAGAAUGAACAGAAUUUGAGGGAUUUAUAUAUGCCUGUUCUUACAGAGGCAAGCAGCCUCCUUUUUUGGGGAGAGUUCAGAUAUUGGACGCAUUGUAAUCUUCCUUUUCUUUACGAGGGGGAUUGAUAUAUACUUAGAUUAACAUCAAAUAGCAAUACAGGUCAAAAUGCAUGCACUUGCCCCUCAGGCAACAAUGAUUUAGCUCAUCGCUA